AGUCAUGACUUUUUGACUUGGAUCAUUUUUGUUAUAACCAACCGAACGAUUGAUCUCCACAACAAGUUCGUAGUCACAUUUUCAAGCAUAAAAAUGGAAUACUGUGGUGAUAAAUAUGAGGGUGAGACUCGUAACAACAGGUUGGAGGGAUUUGGAAAGUAUGCUAUGCCUACUGGGACAUAUUACGAAGGGGAAAUGUUUGACGGUAUGUUUCACGGAGAAGGAACUCUCCACUUUCUGAAUGGAAGUAAAUAUCAUGCAAUGUGGGAAAAUGGAAAACCUAAAAACGGAGAGAUAAUAUUUUCAGAUGGUCUCAAAUACACAGAAGGUGCUCACUACGUCGACGAAUUCGACAGGAGAUUUUAUACGGAAAUAUGUUCUGGUAUAAAGCCUGCAGGAAGGUCACAAAUAGUAGACAAAGAACCAAGAACACAAAUACCAGACGGAUGCUACGAUACCGGUGAUGGUUUCUACAAUCCAUUGACGAGAGUAGUGACAGAUCAUAACGGAUGUUUUCUUCGCAAUGCAGAUCAUGAGGAGCAUACAUGGAUUGUCGCCAAAUGUAGAAAAGCAUGGGAUGAACAUGUCGGUGCCACGUAUGACUCUGAAACUAUUAAGCGGGGAGUGAAGCCUUAUUGACUACGAGAUACUAAGGUCUGAUUCAAAUAACACUAGAAAUAUAUUUUUUUCUCAAACAUAAUAAAAAAAUUUUACUUAGUGUCGUGUGAAAUUUUAUUCAAAUGGGAUUCUGUUUACUUGUCUGAAGUAGUACGAACUUUUAGUGCUUGCCUUUCGUCCAUAGCAGAUAAUAUAGUGACCUAGGAAAGAACUUUAUUACCCACGAAGCAACUUACAAUCAUAUUCUCUGUCUCCCCUCUUGAAUUCCAUUUUUCCUUUAAUUCCUUUCCAACUUCAUUGUCAGGAACGGGAAUAUCUUCGAUGACGCAUAAAUCGUCGCCCAUUAGUGACAAGAACCCGUCUUUGAUAUCCACCAGUUGAUAAUCCUCACUUUUUAUCACAGGUACAUCCAUAGUGUGUGAUGAUGUGCGAUUCUCUUCAUAUUUCUUACCAGUGAAUAUAUCGAUCCCAACUAUGUGCACUUUCGCAGAGCCAUGUUUCCCGGUCUUCGACGUAGACAUGUCCACGAUUUUGCAAGGACGAUCUUUCAUUACGACAUAUCCGCCUUUCCUCAAAGAACUACACUGUUUCGGUAAAGUUUUUGAAGCCCCAGAAUCUCCAGUUGCAAAUUCUUCAUCAUCUACUAUAGACAUACUACUUGUGGGGCACGCACAGCUAACACCACGACUAAGACAAUCUAGGAGACGCGCGCUUAC